UACAGCGUGAAGCAGCUCUGGAUCACAGUGUGCCAUUGAUGAUAAGAGUAGGGAAGAAUGAGUCUUGACCCUGUUCAGGUCAUGAAGGGGCAAGAGCCUAUGCCCAACACUUGCCCAUCGGCCUCAAACGGGGAUACCAAAGCAUCCUGGGAGGACAGCAACAAGGAUAUGCUUGAAAAUGUUGGUUCCAAGAAGCCCAAAUCACCCAAACCAGAAAACGCAGUGACCAUAGCCGUGUCUUCCCGAGUUAUGUUCCGCACAGAGAAAGAGCAGAAGGUGUUUGAGCAGAAAGGCAUCGAGGAGUACCUCAGGUAUCAGGUGGAGCACGAGAACGAGCCCUUUGCUCCUGGCCCAGCAUUCCCAUUUGUCAAGGCUCUGGAGGCAGUAAACACCCGGUUGAGGGAGCUCUAUCCAGAAAGCGAGGAGCUUUUUGACAUUGUGCUGGUAACUUACAACCAUGCCCAUGUUGGCGUCAGACUCAUCAACACCAUCAAUUACCACAAUCUAUUCAUCGAGCGGUUCUGCAUGACGGGAGGCAGUAGCCCCAUUGGGUACCUGAAAGCGUUUCAUACAAACUUGUAUUUGUCUGCCGAUGCCGAAAAGGUUCAGGAGGCCCUCUCUGAAGGAAUUGCAGCAGCCACCAUGUUUAUGCCAGAAAAACAGAUCGAGGUGUCCGAGACGCAGCUGAGAGUGGCAUUUGAUGGCGAUGCCGUUCUCUUUUCUGAUGAGUCUGAGCGCAUUUUUAAAGCCCACGGCCUGGACAAGUUCUUCGAGCAUGAGAGGGAAAAUGAAAACAGAUUGCUGGAUCAUGGGCCACUGAAGGGUUUUCUGGAAGUGCUCGGGAAGCUUCAGAAGAAAUUCUACGCUAAAGGCCACCGUUUGGACUGUCCCAUUCGCACCUACCUCGUGACGGCCCGCAGCGCAGCCAGCUCAGGCAUCCGCGCCUUAAAGACUCUCCGUGCCUGGGGACUCGAAACAGACGAGGCUCUUUUCCUGGCCGGGGCUCCAAAAGGCCCCAUGCUGGAGAAAAUCCGGCCCCACAUAUACUUUGAUGACCAGAUGUUCCAUGUGGAGGGAGCCGUGGAAAUGGGUGCCAUCGCUGCCCACGUGCCCUAUGGGAUUGCACAGAAAUACCCGCAUAAAAAAAGCAGCAAUACAGCAAAAUAGCAAAUAGAGACAUUCAAAUUGCAGACUUUUUAUUUUUAUUUUAUAAACUCGGUUUGGAUCAGGAUCGCAGU